AUGUUGUGGAAUCCGGCCAAGUCAACCCUCAAGAUCUUCCUUGGACGGUCUCUUGGUUCCAUUGUCACUCCAGCUCACCUGAUGCUCGACACAUUCACCGAAUCGAUAUUGAACGUGCUCAGCGAUCAAGGGCUCCUUGUUCUUGCUCUCGUUACCUCGCACUUUGAUCCGACUUCUGAUAUACAUCAGCACUUUAACCAACAGCGUCACACACCGGACCAAGUGCUUUCAGAAGCCCCUCAACUUCUCUCUUUGGAGUCUUACCAUCUUGUUCGGUCGCUGGAAGUGCCGGAUGAAUUAAAUGCGAUGUGCCGCUACUCCUUCCCGACUAUUGAAGGCCUCAAAGCCCACAAGGACCAAUUUGAACUUGCUAAAGCCGACCUUGAGUUGCACCUUGAUAGUUUUGAUACAAUGUUGGAGAUGAUACUUAACACAGAUACAUCUGGGCGUCUACAUCACAUGGAGCAGCGGCGAGGCAUGGAAAAGUGUCUUCAAAUCCGCAAAAAGUUAUGUGAUCGCGUUGAUGCGCUUGGGGCCAAGCAGAAAGAAGACGACUUCCAGGACCUACCCACCGACCCUAACACCGGAACGAAAAUAUCAGUACUAAACACUUACUCCACAGGUGACGCCUACUAUUAA